UCUAUCCCGAUUUCAAAAUUGCUAAAAGACUCUGAAUAAUGCAUUUAAAUUUUGUUGCAUUGUGUGUAACUGUUGGUGUUGUGAGUGUUUUUGGAGGAUGUGUUAAAGAUCGAUUCUUGUUCCAUGAGCAUUUCCCGGCUAAGGAAGCCCAUUUGAAAGAUGUGGAAUUAAUUGAUGGUGAACUUAAACUCAAACUGGAUCGUAAAAUAGAGGAGAAGGAACUGUUAGAGAAAACUUUGGCUGCUCUGAAAAGUUAUUUUAUGCACGAGCAUGAAACUCUUGAAAAAGGGAAAAUUCACUCGCUGGAGGAAUUUCAUGUCCCUACUGAAGAAAAGCAUGAAAUUACGUGUAAAAUUCUUAAAGGCCUGUUCGGUUCUGAUUUCAAAACAGAAGAACUCACUGAAAAGGAUCUUGCAGCCUUUGAAGGGAUUUUGAAGUAUUUCUUUGAACACAGCAAAGGUGAAGAAGCAAUCGAUAAAAUUUUCAAAUCAAAAGUUGAGGAUUCAUCAGUGAAGCACAGUGAAGAUGUAGAGAAAAUUGCAAAAAUGUCAGAAUUUGCCCCUGAAGAAGGCAAAGAUGUCAAGACUUAUAUCGCAGAAAGUAUCCUACAUGCUGGAAUCAGUAAAGAUGCCGAUGUUCAUCAUGGAAUUGAAGAAGGAGAGGCCUUAUUCAAAAAACUUGAGAAAACUGGAGGAGAAAUUCCAUAUUUCUUAAUGGAUGACGAAGCAAAGAAGUAUCUCAAAGGCAUAACUGAAGGAAAGAUCAGUGAAGCUGAAAUCCAUACUUUAGUUGGUGGGGACGAAGAAGCAUUGAAGAAGCUUUUUAAAAUAUUGAAAGAUGGCGCAUCCCACGAAGAAGGAUCAUUUUUAUAUUCAUCAGAGCACAUCAAAGGAGUUGAUUUGGAAAAAUCCGCCGAAGCUGCUAAAGCUUUAGAAGAACAUAAAACUUUGCAAAAGGAAUUGAUUUCAAACCACGGUAAAGAUCAUGUUUUUGAUGAAAUUCUCAAAAAAGAAGAGGUUCAUGAAUUAGAUGAAGGUUUUGAGGAGAAGAAAUUUUUUGGCACAAGUAAAGCAUUGGCAGAGCAUAAGGAAACGGCUUUGAACCAUGCUAAAGAUCAUAUUUAUGAUGAUAUUCUUAAGAAGGAAGAAAUCCACUCUUUGGAUAAAGGUUUUGAAGAAGAGAAAUUUCAUGGGGCUGCUAAAAGUUUUGAAGAACAUCUUAUAGGGAAAGAUAUCCACGCAUCAGGAGAGAAAGCUUUUGGAAUUGAUGAAGCUGUGGCAGAAUCAAAAUCUAAGGAAUUUAUUGCUAAAUCUGAAGAAUCUGCAUUUAAGAAAUUGUCGAAAGAGGAGGAGAAAGCGAAAGCUGGGAAAGAUCUUAGCAUAGAAGAAAUUUUGAAGGAAGAUGGUUAUUACAUCACCGGAGGUACCCACGCUUAUGAAGCAGCUCGUGACCAGGCCCAUGAAGAUGCUAAAAUACCACUAGUAGAAGGGAAGGAAAAAGCUAUUGAUUCUUCUAUUGCUCAUGGAGAGGAGGUAUUUCAUAAAGCAAGUGAAGAAGGAGCUGAAUUCUCUAAAGGAAAAGAAGCCGUUCUUCAUGGCAUUAAAGGAAAAGAAGGUAUUUUAAAAGAAAAGGUUCACGGAACUGAUAUUGCAUUAAAAGAAGAGCAUAUCAAACAUGGUAUCAAAACCGAAGAAACUCAUUUGAUUCAUGAAAUUCCUGAAGAGCAUCAUAUUGCGACAGACCAUAAAAUUGAUGAAACUCUAACCAAAGAAAUUCCUCAUAGCAAAAUGCAUCAAAUCAAACAUAAACUUUUGAGCAUGUUAGGUAAAAUUUUGCAUAUCAAAAAGUGCCAUCUUGUCACCAUGCCACCACGUGAGCUAUUAGGAAUUGUUGACUGUAUUUCCAGAAGUAAAAAUCCUUUACUUUGUGAGAAAUUCGCUAUGUGUGAAAAGAAGAUGCCAUUACAAGUAAUUCUUGCCCUCGAAAAGUGCCAAAAAGAAACAAUUCCAGGUGAAGUGAAACGAUGCAGCAAAUAUGAGCCACUUUAUCCUUCUCUUGAAAUUCCAUACAAGAUAUUCAAGUGCAUUGUGAAAAAUACACAUGAGUUAACACCACCAGAGAAGAAAAUGAUGAUAGAUUUUGAGGAAUGUGCUCGGCAAGUAAAGGUCGAAAGUUGCGGUAGAAUCCCGUGGGGUUAACCGGCCAUCAUAAUUUUAAUCAACGAAGUUCCAUUUCGUAGCAAAUGUGCGCAUUGAUCUGAGCUUUCAGUUCUUCAUUAUAAUUUAUGAAAAUAAUGUGUUUUAAUGCUAUUUUAAAUGCAUACAUGUGUUGC